UCAGGAACAAAGCAUGGCACAACGGAGAGUGCACUGGACACUGAUGUCACAAUAGCAGAGCCACUGGCCAUCAUCAAACCCACUCUUGAUGCUGAGGAAAAGGAGGUUGGUGGUGAAGGGAUGGUGAAGUGUAGCACAGUUGUUGACGUUGUGCAAAUUGGAGAAACUAAUCUGAACAGGAGAUAUGAUGAAAAGGGGAGUUUGAUGGAUCCAUUAGUAACUUUAGCAGAGACGUUGGCCAGUAUCAAAGCAGACCUUGCGUUGGAUGCUGGUGAUGAUGAUUUCCAGCAGCCAUUGCGUUGCAACAAAUUUUACCUACUCCGC